UCCGGUGUCAUGGCCGGGCCCUUUCCUGAGUGCGCUCCGGCUGCGGUCGGCGAGAAGAGGCAGCAGUUUGGAAGCAGGUUCCUGAACGAUCCGGCGCGCGUCUUCCACCAUAAUGCCUGGGACAAUGUGGAGUGGUCGGAAGAGCAGGCCGCCGCAGCGGAGAGGAAAGUCCAGGAGAACAGUACCCAGCGGGUGUGCCAGGAGAAGCAAGUUGAUUAUGAAGUCAAUGCCCACAAAUACUGGAAUGAGUUCUACAAAAUCCACGAAAACAGGUUUUUCAAGGAUAGACAUUGGCUUUUCACUGAAUUCCCAGAGUUGGCACCUAGCCCGGACCAAAAUGACUUUAAUGAUUGGCUCUCAGAGAACAAGAGGAGUGAAGUCCCUGAAGGUAGGCGCAAGGAGGACGGACCUGGUUUAAAGAUAGAAGAACCGCACACGUAUUCUUCAGAUAGCCUUGGACAUAAAACACAGGUGCCUCCUGUAGAAGGAGAUGUAACUCGGAAACUCAACCGCCUGGAAAUCUGUGCUGAUGAGUUCCCUGGAUCCUCAGCCACCUACAGAAUACUCGAGGUUGGUUGUGGUGUGGGAAACACAGUCUUUCCGAUUUUACAAACUAACAAUGAUCCGGGACUCUUUGUUUACUGUUGUGAUUUUUCUACCACAGCUGUAGAACUGGUCCAGACAAAUUCAGCAUACGAUCCUUGUCGGUGCUUUGCCUUUGUCCAUGAUCUGUGUGAUGAAGAUACGAGUUACCCAGUGCCCGGGGAGAGCCUCGACAUCAUCAUCCUCAUAUUUGUUCUUUCGGCCGUUGUUCCAGACAAGAUGCAGAAGGCUAUCAACAGGCUGAGCAGGCUUCUAAAGCCCGGAGGGAUGAUGCUUCUGCGAGAUUAUGGCCGCUACGACAUGGCUCAGCUUCGGUUUAAAAAAGGUCAGUGUCUGUCUGAAAAUUUCUACGUGAGAGGUGACGGUACUAGAGUUUACUUCUUCACACAAGAGGAGAUGGAUACGCUUUUCACUACUGCUGGACUGGAAAAGGUUCAAAACCUGGUGGAUCGCCGAUUGCAAGUGAACCGGGGGAAACAGCUGACAAUGUACCGGGUUUGGAUUCAGUGCAAAUAUCGCAAGCCUCCUCUGUCUGGUGCUGGCUGAGAGGCACCUGCUCCUGAUGGGAUAGGAGUUCAUUGGAGUUUUUUAAAAAAGAGCAUAUGCAAAUGGUGUCUUGAUCUUGGAAAGUUCAAGGAUUCAGACUUGAACCUUGAACCUAGGACAGAUUGCUUUUUAUCAAGAUUUUAAUAAUUGUCCUUCAUAUUUGUGAAGGCCUUUAAUAUAUACUUUCCUCAAGUUUGUUUUGUUUUUUGUUUUGUUUUGUUUUGUUUUUCUUUUUUUUAAGUAGGCUCCAUGCCCAGC